UACCGACCGAAAGAAAAAAAAACGAACGGAGCAUUCUGCAUUUGUCAAUUUGAAAUGAACAACUUCCAAAAGAAAGAUGUAAGCGGAAUGCCUUCCACAUCGAGACCACGAGGAACGUCUGGCACUGGAUCGGGUGGAUCUGGACGGCCAGCUGUUACGGCUCCGAUGUCCGAACGACAGCAAAUGGCACUGCUCAUGCAGAUGACUUCGUCGGGCCCGGGCAACGAAGGCGAGAUGAGUCCCGGAUCGAGCAGUUCCGCUGCAACAAUGGGUGGUGGAGGCGGAGGACACUCACGCCGCGAUCGAAUAAACGAACGUGGUGAAACGGCGCUGCACCUGUCGUCGAAGAAAGGCGACCAGGAAACGGUCAAGAAGCUACUGGAACAGGGCUCCAAUCCAAAUGUGACGGAUUUUGCGGGUUGGACACCUCUGCACGAAGCGUGCAACCAUGGCCACUACAACGUGGCUCUCGCGUUAAUCAAGGCUGGUGCCAACAUCAACGCCACCGGACUGGAAAAUGAUACUCCCCUCCAUGAUGCAGCUAUUGUGGGGCAGCUUAAGCUAUGUAAGAUGCUCAUCGAGCGUGGAGCUGACCCAACGUUCAAAAAUCAGAAAGGCAAGAUGCCGUGCGACGUUGCGGCACCGGCCGUGUACAACUACCUACUGCAGGCACGAGACAAUGCAACCAACCGUCUUCAGCAGCAGCUGAAAAAACCUUCGGAAAGCACUGGAGGCAAGAAAGGCACCAACCAGGACAGCGAUGCCGACGAUACCAACAGUGGCGGUAUCGGCGCCUCCAAUGCUUCGUCCGCCGUGAACAAGGACGAAGACGACAUCUACGAGUUCAAAUCUACACCGAAAGAUUCCAGCUCAAGUUCGAGCGAUGAGAAGGAAAGCAACAGUGAUAAGAAUGAGAAAUCUUCGGGUGAUAAGAACAGCACCGCUGCCGACGGCGAUACUAACCAGAGCGGAGGUGCUUCAAGUGCGGCCGCUUCCGGCACUGGCGGCACUGCGAGUAUUUCGAAGCGACCGUUUUCGGAGGUGACUGAUGCGGCUGAUGACAGUCCCAGCGCAUCUAACGAUGACGAUAACAAGAGAAAGAAGCGAAAGGACUCGGAUACCACGAAUAAGGAAACUACAAAAAGUGGUGCUGGCGGAAAUCGUGGCUCUGCUCCCAGACAAGAGAAAAGUGGAAAGUCCUCGGGGCCACCAUCGAAGAAUCUCGGAUUGGCGGGUAAAAAUACUUUAGAUCGAAAGAGCCCAUGUGCCAGCCCGAAACCGACCUCGAAUGUGUCAUCAUCCAAUUCUACGACCAAAGUGUCCAAUAGCAAUCCUAACGACAGCGACGCGGAGGUUGAUGAUGCCGGCAGUAAAGCCAGUGAUUCGAACUUCAACAGCGGUGGUGGACCAAAGGUACCACCGUUGAAAAUUGUCAUACCUCAGCAGAGCUCGGCUGGUGAUACUGAGACCGGUGGAAGCUCUAGGAACGGCAAAAAUGCAUCGGCGAGGAACCAUCCCGCUUUGCCCUAUGUGGUAGCAUCCUCGAACAGCAACGACUCCAGUGCUGACAAGGAGAGCACCUCGUCUCGAUCGGCAAGUCCGUCGGAUUCGAAGAGCUCCGAUGAGAAAACAACAUCUAAAUCGAAUGACGAACGUGCCCAGUCACGUGUACUUCGCAGUCACCGAGGUGGUGGUAGUAACGCUUCAUCCGAAGGCGGUGGCGGUGGCAGUCGUACCAAGGACAAUCAAAGUGACCGCUCCGUAGACCGAUCGAACAACUCCUCGCCACAGAUGCAGCAGAGCAGUGCAGCACCGUCACCGGCUUCCAACAGUGGUGAUACCGGAACGGGAGGUAACACCACUACCGGUACGAAUCAGAACAAGGAGGGAAGUACUGCAAGCCCAGGCAAUGUCAACCAAAAAGAAAGUGAACCUGAGCCCAGCACUAGCAGUAGUACGAAUCCGAAAAGUCCUCCUGUCUCUUCUAGCUCGACCACAACUACCACCAACACCAGUAGUAGCAGUAACACUAGCAACAAUACCGGAGCAGGAACCUCUAACCAAAAUAACCAAUCCAAUAACACAGCCUCAAGUUCAACUUCGGAAACAGCGGUUCAUCCACGGAAAAGAAAGAUCAAAACGAGUAAAGAUCAAUCAUCGACGGCUGCUUCGAGCUCUUCCACUCCUUCCACAUCUUCGUCUGCAUCUACGGCAAACGAAGAGAAGAAAGAGAUCAAGGAGGAAACUCCGGACGUACAUCCACACGAUCAACCGAUCACCAAUUGCUAUCAGAUGUUCCUGAACAUCCGUAGGCAGAUCGAACGCCGGCAGCGAAGUCUUUUCCCAGUUCAACCGAAACCCCCUCAGGGCUUCAAAGACUAUCUGCUUAACCGGUGUGCAUAUGCUCUGGCCGGAAAAACUCCCUCCGAACCCAACAUACAACCGCCGACCACUCUCCAGCAGCAGAUGAAAGAAAUCUUUACCACCCAGGAAAAAGAGCGCCAUAAACUGAAAAUGCAGCACAUCGUCGAGAAAGAGAAGCUGGUCCUCGCAGUCGAACAGGAAAUCCUUCGAGUGCACGGCCGAGCCGCACGAGCCCUCGCAAAUCAAUCUCUACCUUUCUCCGUCUGUACCAUCCUGAAAGACGAAGAAGUCUACAACAUAAUCACGCCCGAGCAGGAAGAAAAGGAUCGCAAUGCUCGAUCGCGCUACAACGGCCGGCUGUUUCUCAGUUGGCUGCAGGACGUCGACGACAAGUGGGAAAAGAUUAAGGAAGCCAUGCUGCUGCGGCAUCACAACGAAGCGGAAAGUUUGCACGCGGUCCAGAAGAUGGACUGGGAGUGGAAGAUGAAGGAGAACUCACUGUGUGAGUUCAAGGCCAAACCGGUGAUCGAGGAAAGCCACGUGCCGAUGGUGAACGUGAGCGAUGACUUUGAUCUGUUGCCCGCUUAAAUGCUAAUAUAAGGUGUGUACGGAAAAGGGUGAAUUCUGCGCCGCGACUACCUUUGCUGUGGAUCAGGCCAGGACCAUAGCCUCAGUAAGAUAUGUGUAGAUGAUAUUCAUAUUAGUUUUAUAAAGAACCUAGCUAGUAGUCUAACUCAGUGUAAGGUAAUCUUACGAUAGAUGGUAUGAAUAGAUGUAUUUCUUUUA